UUGUCUAACCUGUUCCCCAGUGCCUGCCCCGCCCCAUCUUGCGCUCCCCGAAGCCGGAGCCGAAGGAGGACCCCCUCCUCCCCCCCUCCCCGGUGCCAGGAUCGUGCCCAGGACCCGCGCCCCUCUCUGGCCGGCACCAUGGACAGCGAGGCAUUCCAGAGCGCGCAGGACCUCCUGGAUUUGAACUUCCAGUCACUGGCCAUGAAGCACAUGGACUUGAAACAGAUGGAACUGGACACAGCAGCCGCCAAGGUGGACGAACUGACCAAGCAGUUGGAGUCUCUGUGGUCAGACUCACCAAUGCCUCCGCAGGGCCCACAGGCAGGAGUCCCCUCUAGGAUGUCCCGGUACAGCUCUAGCCCGGUGCCCGAUCCUUUCGUCAGCCGGGGUUCCCCCCAGAAGGCAGGCAGCGACAACGCGGACUCCCGAUUCGGACGCUCCGAAAGUGCCCCGACCCUGCAUCCCUACAGCCCUCUGUCCCCCAAGGGCCGUCCGUCCUCACCCCGCACGCCGCUCUACCUGCAGCCGGACGCCUACGGCAGCUUGGACCGGGCGCCCUCGCCCCGGCCCCGCGCCUUCGACGGGGCGGGCAGUCCACUGGGCCGCGCGCCCUCCCCGCGCCCCGGGUCCGGCCCGCUCCGCCAGCCUGGGCCGCCGGCGCCGUACGACUAUCUGAGCCGCGCGGGGUCCCCGCGGGGCAGCCCUCUAGCCGAGGGUCCCCAGGCUUUCUUCCCGGAGCGCGGACCCUCCCCGAGACCACCGACCUCGGCCUACGACGUGCCACCUGUGUUCGGGGGCCCUUUGCUGGGCGCUGGCGGCAGCGCCUUCGCUCCGCCCCUGCGCGCGCAAGACGACCUGACGCUGCGCCGUAGGACCCCGAAAGCCUGGAACGAAUCUGACCUGGAUGUGGCUUACGAGAAGAAAUCUUCGCAGACCGCGAGCUAUGAACGGCUGGACGUCUUCCCGAGGCCUGCCUCGCCCGGCCUGCCGCUGUUACCCUGGCGAGAGAGCAGCCUGGAUGGGCUUGGGGCCAGUGGCAAGGACAACCUCACCAGCGCCACGCUGCCUCGCAAUUACAAGGUGUCCCCUCUGGCCAGCGACAGACGUUCGGAUGUGGGCAGCUACCGCCGCUCGCUGGGCUCCACCGGGCCGUCAGGCACUUUGCCCCGAAGCUGGCAGCCGGCCAACCGCAUCCCCAUGCCUCCCUCCAGCCCCCAGCCCCGCAGUGCCCCCCGCCAGCGCCCCAUUCCCCUCAGCAUGAUAUUCAAGCUACAGAACGCCUUCUGGGAGCACGGGGCCAGCAGGGCCAUGCUCCCGGGUGCCCCGAUCUUCUCCCGAGUACCCCCACCUAAGCUGCCUCCCCAACCCCAGCCGCCGCCCCAGCCCCAGCACCAGCCCCAGUCCCAAAUGCCGUCCCAGCCUCAGCCCCAGAACCCCCAGCCUCAGACUCCAGGCCCCCAGCUCUCACAACAGACCUGGCCUCCUAUGAACGAAGGCCUCCUCAAAUCCCCUGCGGACCCGGAGCCCGAGCCCGAGCUCGAGGGGCUGCUGAGCCCCGCGCUGGAGGCCGGGGAUGUAGACGAAGGCGCCGUGACGCGACCCCUCAGCCCUACCAGGCUUCAGCCGGCGCUGCCACCGGAGGCGCAGACGGUGCCCGAGCUCGAGGAGGUGGCCCGCGUGCUGGCAGAGAUCCCCCGGCCCCUCAAACGCAGGGGCUCCAUGGAGCAGAGCCCCGCCGUGGCCCUGCCCCCCACGCACAAGAAACAGUACCAGCAAAUCAUAAGCCGCCUCUUCCACCGGCAUGGGGGACCGGGCCCUGGGGGGCCUGAGCCCGAGCUGUCCUCCAUCACCGAGGGGUCCGAAGCUAGGGCAGGACCCCCGGCUCCCGCUCCCCCAGCUCCCAUCCCACCCCCAGCCCCACCCCAGAGCAGCCCUCUGGAGCAGCCCCAGAACGUGGAGAUGCGCUCGGUGCUGCGCAAGGCAGGUUCCCCGCGCAAGGCCCGGCGUGCGCGCCUCAACCCGCUGGUACUGCUGCUGGAUGCGGCGCUGACAGGGGAGCUGGACGUGGUGCAGCAGGCGGUGAAGGAGAUGAACGACCCGAGCCAACCCAACGAGGAAGGCAUCACCGCCCUGCACAAUGCCAUCUGCGGUGCCAACUACCCCAUCGUGGACUUCCUCAUUGCCGCGGGCGCCAAUGUCAACUCCCCGGACAGUCACGGCUGGACACCGUUGCACUGCGCGGCGUCGUGCAAUGACACGGCCAUCUGCACAGCGCUGGUACAACACGGCGCCGCCAUCUUCGCCACCACGCUCAGUGACGGCGCCACCGCCAUCGAGAAGUGCGAUCCUUACCGCGAGGGCUAUGCGGACUGUGCCACCUACCUGGCAGACGUGGAGCAGAGCAUGGGGCUGAUGCACGGCGGGGCCGUGUACGCGCUCUGGGACUACAGCGCCGAGUUCGGGGACGAGCUGUCCUUCCGCGAGGGCGAGUCUGUCACCGUGUUGCGGCGGGACGGGCCGGAGGAGACAGACUGGUGGUGGGCAGCACUGCACGGCCAGGAGGGCUACGUGCCUCGCAACUACUUUGGGCUCUUCCCUAGGGUGAAGUCUCAGAGGAACAAAGUCUAGCAGGAUGAAGCCUGUUUCCCAGGGAGACAACAGCAAGUGGACCUGCCUUCCCUCCAGACCUGCCCGGCCAUCCAUCUACUGCUGCAUUUUCACCCUGGGGGAACCACAGCCCCAGCCUUAAGAUUAGCAACCUGCUUUAGGCAGGGGAGUUCAUGGGGGUGCUGGGGCCGGGAGUAUUGGGGGAUAGGAGACACCUAGUCCCUACAGCUGCCAAAUCAGAUCCGUUCCCAAGUGUCUGUCACCUCCCAUCUUUUGCAAGCCACUCCGCACCCCCAGCUGCAUCCUGUUUCCCCCAUCUGUCCCCUCAACCUCAGGGGCCUUGUCGGAGGGGGGAGGGCGCACAGGGCUCCGGAGCAGGACUCCUGCCCACUUCUCUCCAACUAAGUGCCUUCACACCCACGUGGCUUUAUGUUUAUGACAAAAUGGGGGGUUCUUUAUGAAUAAAGGCAGUUUGCACAGAAAUGAACUUCA